GCGUCACAGAGCUUCCUGAAGACAACAACACAGAGAACUCGUGUGGUGUUACCAUGGCAAUGACUACUAACACCUCAUUUAAAUAUGAGGAAAUAAUUUCCAAAAGUGAUCAGAUCCAAUCAGGAUCUCCUGCUAUCUAUCAGCUGAAACCGAAGAAAGAGAACAUUGGAACUCUGACAAGAAUGACUCUUGGUAAAAAAGAUCCAAACAAGAUUAACAAAACCAUCUUACUUGUUGGUGAAACAGGAACAGGAAAAUCUACUCUGAUCAACGCUCUGGUCAACUACGCCAUGGGAGUGGAGUGGGAGGAUAAUGUCUGGUUUAAGAUCGUAGAGGAGGAGAAGAGAAGUCAAUCAGAAAGUCAGACAUCUGAUGUGAUCGUUUACCAGAUCUUUGGUUUUGAAGAUAUAACUCUGCCCUACUCUCUGACCAUCAUCGAUACUCCUGUAUACGGAGACACCAGAGGGAUCAAACAAAAUGCCAUCGUCAGUCAAAGAUUAUUAGAGUUGUUCCAGUCAGACGAUGGAGUUCAUGAGAUUAAUGCAGUGGGUCUGGUGAUGAAAGCGAGUGAGAAUCGACUGAGUGACCCACUGAGGUACAUCUUUAAUUCAAUGAUCUCUCUGUUUGGAAAAGACAUAGAGAAGAACAUUGUCGCCCUCAUCACACACUCAAAUGGUGCGACACCUGAAAAUAUUCUACAAGCUCUCGAGGCUGCAAACAUUAAAUGUGCCAAAGAUGAGGAGAAUGAUCCUGUUUAUUUUAUGUUCAACAACCGCCAGAGCACACAGAAAACCAGGAAAAAUAAGGUUGCUCUGAGAAGUGCAUGGGACUUAACAAUGGAACAAAUAGGUCUAUUCAUGGAUUUCCUGAAAGACAAUUCCCCUCAAAAGCUGGAGACAACUGUUGAAGAGUCUAAAAUACACACCAGACUGACAGCCUGUAUCCAAAACCAGGAAGAGAGAAUUAGGUUUAUUGAUCUAAAACACACAGAAAUCCAGCAGACUAUGGACGGUCUAAAGAAACAUGAACAAAAGAUAAAUAAAAAUGAGGAGUUCACUGUAGAAGUUGAUGAGGUCUACAAAGAUAAAGAACCUAUUGGGGGUGGUCAGUGGGGGUUAUGUUAUGUAGGGGCUGUCUGCUGCAAAAUGUGUGAUGAGAACUGUCACUAUCCUGGAUGCACAGUGGCCUGGAGACCAGCAGACUGUGAGGUCAUGAAAGAUGAUCACUGCACUGUAUGUCCCAGGAAGUGUCCUGUAUCAGAUCACGUGAAGGAAGGGUGGAAGUAUGUGAGCAAGACAAGAAAAGUUAAAAAGACUCUGAACGAUAUGAAGGAGAAGUAUGAAAAGAACAAAGCAGGAAGUGAGAGCAAGUUUAGCCUUUUGGAAACCUUUCAGCAGAAAAUUGAGGAACUUCAGAAAGAAAAACGUCAGUUGCUGGAAAAGUCCUUUGAGCAUGUUGUCCAACUGGAUCAGAUCACCCUGAAGGUUGAUUUACUGUCCACUCGUAUCCACUUGGACUACCUGAUUGAGAAUAUGGAGAAAGAAGACACAGAGAAGUUCAAGAAACUGAAAGAGAUAAAAAGUCGAUUGGAUGAAAGAACCAGAGCAGCAUCACGAAAUACCUCAUCCAACCAUGACAACAUCAUUUCCACAAGUGAUUUAAUCCAAUCAGGAUUUCCCACUCUCUACCAGCUGAAACCAAAGAAAGAGAAACUUCAACCUCCAAGAACAAAGAAAGAGAACAUUGGAACUCUGACAAGAAUGACUCUUGGUAAAAAAGAUCCAAACAAGAUAAACAAAACCAUCUUACUUGUUGGUGAAACAGGAGCAGGAAAAUCUACUCUGAUCAACGCUCUGGUCAACUACGCCAUGGGAGUGGAGUGGGAGGAUGAUGUCUGGUUUAAGAUCGUAGAGGAGGAGAAGAGAAGUCAAUCAGAAAGUCAGACAUCUGAUGUGAUCGUGUACCAGAUCUUUGGUUUUGAAAGUAAAACUCUGCCCUACUCUCUGACCAUCAUCGAUACUCCUGGAUAUGGAAGCACCAGAGGGAUCGAACAUGACGCCAUCAUCGGUCAAAGAUUAUUUGACUUGUUCCGCUCAGCCGAUGGAGUUCAUGAGAUUAAUGCAGUGGGUCUGGUGCUGAAAGCAAGUAUGAAUCGACUAAGUGAUCAUCAGAGGUACAUCUUAGAUUCAGUGAUCUCUCUGUUUGGAAAAGACAUAGAGAAGAACAUUGUCGUUCUCAUCACACACUCAAAUGGUGUGACACCUGAAAAUGUUCUACAAGCUCUUGAGGCUGCAAACAUUAAGUGUGCCAGAGACGAGAAAAAUCAGCCUAUUUAUUUUAUGAUGGAUAACUGCCAGAGUAAAGAGAAGAAAAUGCGGGAUACGGUUGCUCUAAGACAUGCAUGGGAUGUGACAAAGGACCAACUGGGUGAAUUCACUGAGUUCCUGAAAAAAAUUUUACCUCAGAACCUGAUAACAACUGUUGAAGUAUUGAAUUCCCAAAUCAGACUGACAGCCUGCAUCAACAACCUGCAGGAGAGAAUCAAGUUGAUUGAUCUAAAACAGGAAGAAAUCCAGCAGACUCAGGAAGCUCUGAACAAACAUAAAGAAGAGAUGCAGAACAAUGACAAGUUCACUGUAGAAGUUGAUGUGCCCUACAAAGAUAAAGAACCUAUUGAUGGUGGGAAGUGGUUGUUGGUGUUUUAUGAAGGAGCUGUCUGCUGUACUGUCUGUGAGGAGAACUGUCACUAUCCUGGAUGCACACUGGCCUGGUAUCCAGGACACUGUGAGGUCAUGAAAGAUGGCCGCUGCACUUCAUGUACCAGGAAGUGUCCUGCAUCAGAUCAUGUGAAAGAAAAGUGGAUCUAUGUUGACAAGAAAAGGAAAGUUCUGUAUACAGAAGAAGAUAUGAAAAAAAAGUAUGAAAAGGUUAAAACAGAAGGUGAAAAGAAAACAAGCCUUUUGGAAACUCUGAAGAAGAACAUGGAGGAACUUGAGAAAGAAAAAGAUCAGUGGUUGGAGGAGUCCUUUCAGCAUUUGGCCAAUCUGGAGCAGAUCGCCCUGAAGGUUAAUUCACUGUCCACUUAUGUCCACUUGGACGUCCUGAUUGAGAAGAUGGAUGAGAGAGGAGACACAAAGAAGAAGAAGAAACUGGAAGAGAUGAAAAGUCAAAUGGAUAAAGAUAAAGGAAUCAAAGCAGUGAUGCGCUACAUAUGUGGUCAACUAGCAGCAACUGUUAAAACAAAGAAGUAAUGAACUAGAUUAACAGAAUCACUGAGAGCAGACAGCUGUGUAGUCUACAGUGAUGAUCAAAUGUGUUGCAUUACAGUUAUAUUAUGGGUGAUGUUGAUUAAAUAACUACAUAAUAAAAUUAAAAUGUAAUCACCUUUUAUAUGUUAACUGUGUAAUUUCUGGAAACAGCUCCCUCUAUGGUGUAAUAACUGUUUCUGUUUGUUUUUGUAGUUUGAUGUUUAAUCACCAAAAGUUACUUCACUGAACAGAUGAGAGAACAGCUCUGGUUUUAAAUGUAGUGAGGACCCCCCCCCCUGCUGUUUAAUGUUGAGUACAGCAUCUGCCUCCCUCUAUAUCACUAACUGAAGUCAGAUCGUGUUGUGCACAAAUAGUUUUAUACUUCUUUAGUUUUUUGUGUAAGUUUUGUUUUUUGUGUUGUACAGUCAAUACUGGUCUGUAAACUAUUCUGAUAUUACUGUGAUGUUGACAAAACUAAACUGGUUGUAGGAUAGAAUCACAUCACUGACAUAUAUCAUUUAUAAAUAUCCAUAUAAAGAUGUUAAACAUGAUGUUUCCUCAUCUUGUUAAUCAGUUUGUACAGAGGAUGUUACAGAACUGAUCUCAGACACAAAUAUUCUGCUCAACUUUCACACUUCAGCCAUGAAAUAUAAUGGACUUUCAUUUGAUGUAUAUUGAAAAUAUAUAUAUGAUAAUAUAUCAUGUUUAUUCAUGCUUAAUGACUAGUUAUUUUUUUUCAGAAGACAUGUCAUGUGGAAACAUGUUGAUCCAUUUAUGUUGUACUUUGUACUUUAUUUUGAUUUUAAAUGAUUGAAUGUCUUUACAGUAUAUAUUGGGACCAGAGGGUAGUGUGAGUGGUGACUGGUAGCUGGAGAGGUACCAGUCAUCCUCCUGGAAACUACCUAACUGAUCGCUGUGCUGUGCAUGUUAAUCCAUAGUAAUGCAUAUCUAUAUGUUUCUCUUUGUGUGGAAAUGAAGAAAAAUAACAACAAUGUAAAAAAAUAACUUCCUCAUUAUAUUAUGUUGUUCCUCAUGAAAUCCCACCCUGACUGAUGCAGUUUUCUGUCAAAUAUUAAUAAAAUGUCUGCUUGAAAUGA